AUGGAAAGCGCAUCCUCUAGAAAACGCAAACAGGCUGAUAUCCGCAUACAGAAAAGAAGCGACGAGUAUACAGUGGGAUGGAUUUGCGCCAUAUGCACUGAAUAUACCGCCGCGCAAGCUGCCCUUGAUGAGGAGCAUGAGAGGCCCGACGAUAUGGCGCCAGGCGACCAUAACGACUACACAGUCGGCCGCAUGGGGAAGCACAAUGUUGUUAUUUCCGUUUUGCCGGAUGGAGAAUACGGAACAGAUUCCGCGGCACUCGUCGCAAGCAAUAUGCUACAUUCUUUCGCCAAUAUCAAGGUCGGGCUGAUGGUUGGCGUUGGUGGCGGUGCGCCGAGUGAAAAGCGUGAUAUUCGCUUGGGCGACAUUGUGGUCAGCGCUUCUCGUGAGGGACAUAGCGGCAUAUUGCAAUACGACUUUGGCAAGAUGGUACAAGGCGAACCGUUUCAACUAACGCGAGUAUUGAACCAAUCGCCAAGGAUCUUACGAGCAGCGGUAAACGGGCUUGAAUCUCAAUAUCAACGCAAAGGCUAUGAUCAGCUGAGAAGAAUAAUUGACGAUAUUCUCCAAAGCAAUCCGAAGUUACAAAGAAAAUUUGGUCGUCCAGAUGUUACCAGUGACAGGCUGUAUCGCAGCGAGAUUAUACAUCCUACCGACGGCAUCAACACACCAGAUUGUUCAGUUUCCUGCGGUGAUGAUCCUUCAAAGCUGACUACACGGCCCAGGCGAGUCGCAGACGAGAGCUCGCCUGUUGUUCAUUACGGAUUAAUUGCCUCUGCAAAUACGCUCAUGAAAGAUGCCGUGCUGCGUGAUAAGCUCGCACUGGAGAAGAAUAUUCUAUGUUUCGAAAUGGAAGCUGCCGGCCUUAUGAAUCAAUUCCCCUGCUUAGUGGUUAGAGGAAUAUGCGACUACUCAGAUUCGCAUAAGAACAAACAGUGGCAAGGGUAUGCCGCAAUAGCAGCAGCAGCCUACGCAAAGGAUAUCCUCCAUCGAAUCCCUCUGAAAGACAUCGGCACACUACAAAGAGUAAUCAGAGAAGAAAAGGCACAAAUUCCAAGCGAUGAGCAGAAACAAGAGUUGCUCAAAUCUCUGAAGUUUGAUCAGCAUAAGGAUCGCCAUGAUAAUAUCAAAGCCGCCCACCCCGAUACAUGCAAAUGGCUACAAGAAAGCGUUGAGUAUCUUGACUGGCUGAACCCUGACAAGAUUCGUGAUCAUCAUGGAUUCUUAUGGAUUAAAGGCAAACCUGGAGCUGGGAAAUCCACAAUUAUGAAGUCUGCGCCCUUGACUGCCCGGAAAGAUAUGAGAAAAAGGAUUAUUAUCUCUUUCUUUUUCAACGCACGGGGAGACAGCUUGGAGAAAUCCACCAUUGGGAUGUACCGAUCACUAUUGCUACAGCUACUUCAACAUAUACCAGCCCUUCAAGACAAAUUAGACUUGUCUGAUUUCAUCAAAAAUCACGACACAGAUUAUCGAUGGCAUAUCGCGAGCCAUUAA